AUGGAUAACUUCUACAAAAAAUACAUCGACCCAUAAUUUAUUAAAAUUGACGACAUAUCUAAUUUUGAAAAAGACCUUAUUGAACAAAACUUUAAAAACUUAUUUGAUAAAAUAGAUGAAUAAAACCAAAAAUAACUUUUAUAUAAUUACUUGUUAAAAUUAUCAAUUUAAAUAUCAUGUACACUUGAAGAAGAUAUUCAAUCAAGUUUAUAAAAUAUAAAUGAUAGUUUAUUUAAAAUUAAAGAUGAAAAAGAAAUUAUUUUUUAAGUAUUUUACACAUUAUUAGCCAUUUUUUUAAAGGAAACAUGGACAGGACCUUCGUUUUUAUAUACAAAUUCAAUAAAAAAACUAAAACAAGAAAAAUAAUCAAAGAAAUAAAUUAUCAAGAAAAAGUUAUACCCAAAUUAUAAUUUUUAGAUAUUAAAAGAGAACUUUGAUCUAUAAAUAGAUCCUUUAAUAAAUAUUUUUAAUUACAAAUUUAUUAAAACAUAAUACUAUAUUAAUUGUUUUAACAAAAAGAUAAUUGAUUUUUUAGAAGUUGAUAGUGAAAACUGGCCUAGAUUGAUGCCUUUAACACAUUUAUUUAUUAUAAUAAAAGAAAUAAUUAAUUUCUUAGUCAAGUAAAACCCAUAAAAUCCCUUUUAUAUCCUAUAUUAAGCCAGAAUAAAAUUUAUUCAUUCGUAAAUACUUUAUACUCCUACAGGAACACUAUAUUAACAUGUUAUAGAUAAUUAUAGAAUUUUUUUUUAAUUAUUAAAAGAAAAAAAAAUAUAAUUUACAAGAAGUGUACUUUCAAAUUUAUACAUUGAAUAGUCUCAUGCUUAUCUUUUUUUUUAUAAAUAUAAUUCUUCUAAAAGAUCAUUAGAAUUUGCUUAAGAAUUAUUAAAUAUAGAAUUAUUUAUAACAGGAAAAAUGGGUAAAAGGACUAAAUUUUAAGCUUAUAAUGUUAGUUAAUUGAUUUUUGAAGUAAAAAAAAAUAAUUAAUGUUAAUCUGAUAAACUUAAACAAAUGAAUUUAACUGAUGAUGAUCUUUUAUAAAUUUAAGAAGAAUAAAAAGAUUAAGUCGAUUUAAAAUAAUUACUACAAUCUAUGUAAGAUUAAAACAUGCCUAAAAACAUGUUAUUAGACGAAGAAUGCAUUCUCUAUGAAAAACCUAUGAUAGAUGAAACUUUUGAAAACACAAAUACUUUAGUUUAAAAAGAUGAAAAAAGUGAACUUAAUAUAAAUGACUAAAUAUAUAUUUUGGGUUUAAUUAAACAUAUAAAUACUUCAACAACACAUGACGAAACAUAUUAUGAAUACAUAUAAGCCUAUUGUGAUAUUUUAUUAGAUAAAAGUUUAAAUUGGAUGGUUUUUUCUUGUAGUUUAUUACAAAGAUCAACCAAUGAAUAUGUAAGAUUUAAAAAAAUGGAACGUGCACUUUUACAAAUGUAAAGUUUAGUUGAUUAAUUCAACGAUAAAACUCCUUUGAAUUUCGAAAGACAAAAUAUUUAUUUUCACUUGAUUAUCCCCAUUAUUUCGACCUAUAAAAAAACCUUGCUGAAAAAUACAUGA